UGCUCAGGGACUAGUUUUCAACCGGACAGUUAAAUUCACCGGAGCGUGAACACAACAUGAUGGAUUUAUGACCGACUUUACCCGAAGCUGCGCUGCUGAAGACCCGACAGGCCACUUUUCUCUGAAACAGACCUCAUUAUCUGCAGUCAGGAUGACUUUCUUCUUGCUUUUCAUGUUUUUGACAGUUGAAAGGAGUCAGUGUGUUUAUACAAACCACUGGGCUGUGCGGAUCACAGGUGGACAGCAACAAGCUGACAGAAUCGCUGCAAAAUACGGAUAUGUUAACUUUGGACAGAUAGGAAGUCUGGAGGACCAUUAUCACUUCCACCACAGCAGAGUGGUCCGCAGAGCUGCUUUCUCUGUGAGGGGCCCCCACAGCUUCAUCCACAUGGAUCCUGAGGUGGACUGGGCUCAGCAGCAGGUAGUAAAACCCAGAGUGAAGAGGUUUGUCCAAAGUGACCCGAGCUUCAUUCAUUUCAACGACCCUAAAUGGUCCAACAUGUGGUACAUUCACUGCAAUGAUAAGAGCAGCCGCUGUCGCUCAGAGAUGAACGUCCUGGCCGCCUGGCAGAGAGGCUACACCGGCAAGAACGUGGUGGUCACCAUAUUGGAUGACGGCAUCGAGAGGAACCACCCUGACCUCGCCCAGAAUUACGACCAUCUAGCAAGUUAUGAUGUCAACGGGAAAGACCACGACCCGACCCCACGUUAUGACUCCCGCAACGAAAACAUACAUGGUACUCGGUGUGCAGGAGAAGUCGCAGCAGCGGCCAAUAACUCCCAUUGCAUCGUUGGCAUCGCCUACAACGCUCGUAUUGGAGGGAUUCGGAUGCUGGAUGGUGACGUGACCGAUAUGGUCGAGGCCACGUCCUUGGGAAUCCGACCCGACUACGUUGACAUCUACAGUGCCAGCUGGGGGCCAAAAGACGACGGAAAGACGGUGGAUGGCCCGGGGCUGCUGACUAAGAAGGCUUUUGAGAACGGCAUCAAGAAGGGCCGCAAAGGCUUGGGCUCCAUUUUCGUCUGGGCGUCGGGUAACGGCGGUCGUCAGGGCGACCACUGCUCAUGUGACGGUUACACCAGCAGCAUCUACACCAUCUCCAUCUCCAGCACCACGGAGAACGGGAACAAGCCGUGGUACCUGGAGGCCUGCAGCGCCAUCAUGGCCACAACGUACAGCAGCGGAGAGUUUCACGAGAGGAAGAUUGUAACGACAGACAUCCGUCACCGCUGCACUGAUGGACACACCGGCACUUCUGUCUCAGCUCCCAUCGUGGCUGGAGUCAUAGCUCUCGCCCUGGAGGCCAACCUCCUGCUGACGUGGAGAGAUGUGCAACAUCUUCUGGUGAGAACGUCCAGACCGGUCCACCUGAAAGCCGAAGACUGGAAGACCAAUGCGGCGGGACUCAGAGUCAGCCACCUGUAUGGGUUCGGCCUGGUGGACGCAGAGGCCAUGGUGCUGGAGGCCAGGAAGUGGAGGACUGUUCCUCCUCAGCACACCUGCAGCCCGAUACCUGAGAGACGCAACAGGUACAUCCAUGCUGGCCAGAGUCUGAACAGCAGCAUCGACGCCUCUGCGUGUUCGGAUGACGCUGAGCGGCACGUGGAUUACCUGGAGCACGUGGUGGUCAAGCUCCUGAUUGUCCACCCGCGACGAGGAGACCUGGAGAUCAACCUCGUCUCUCCGUCUGGGACGAGAUCACAGCUGCUGGCCAAGAGGCUGUUUGACAGCUCCAGUGAGGGCUUCAGGAACUGGGAGUUCAUGUCGGUUCAUUUUUGGGGUGAGCGAGCCGAGGGCACGUGGACUCUGGAGAUUGUUGACUCACCAUCAAAGCUUCGAAACCCCGAGGUGCUGGGCAACCUUAAAGAGUGGACACUGAUCCUUUAUGGCACCUCUCAGAACCCUUACCUGCCCCACAACGCUCAGCACUCCCGUUCAAGGAUGCUGGAGAUCCCAGAGGAGAUCCUGGAGGAGCCCGAGCUGGAGCAGCAGGACGAAUAUAACGGGCCGUGCCACAGUGAGUGCGGAGACCAGGGCUGUGACGGACCAGAUACUGACCACUGCCUCAACUGCGUCCACUUCAGCUCCGGCAGCCUGAAAACCGGCAGGACCUGUGUGAGUCACUGUCCACUGGGACACUAUGGGGACGCGGCGUCUCGUCGCUGUAGACGCUGCUACAAAGGCUGCGAGGGAUGUGUCGGCCGAACAGCCGGCGAUUGUCUCUCCUGUCGAAGAGGCCUUUACCUCAACACGCUCAACUCCAGCUGCAGCGACGCCUGUCCUCCGGGGUUCUUCGCUGACGAGAAUCAGAGACGGUGUCUGAAGUGUCAUGACACCUGUAAGAGCUGCCUCAGGUACGCAGACAGAUGCACAGCCUGCAGCGAUGGCUACAGUCUGGCAGGGAUGACCUGUGUUCCUGAAUGCACCAAUGGGACCUUUUUCCACCUGGAGGAGAUGACCUGCAGCUCGUGCCACUUCUCCUGCAGGACUUGCACAGGGCCGGGUCAGGAGGAGUGUAUCCAGUGUGCUGAGCGUUACCUGCAGCAGGAGUGGAGGUGUGUGCAGACCUGUAGUCCUGGAUACUACCCCGGAGAGGCAGCAGGAGUCCCUCAUAAGAUGUGUCACAGGUGUGAGGAAAACUGUCUGAGCUGCAGCGGCCCGGGAACAACCUGCACCAGGUGCAAAGAGGGUUUCAGUCUGGUCAGCAGGACUUGUAUCGUGAAUGCAUCGUGUCAUAAUGCUGAUGAGGUGUUUUGUGAGAUGGUCAAAUCCAACCGUCUCUGUGAGAAGAAGCUCUACCGUCAGUUCUGCUGCCGGACCUGUCUGAUGAACGGAUGACGAGCCGCCGACCCGCCGACGCCUCCCUCUCUUUUAUCAGUCUUAAAAAGAGGUAACACCUGAAGUGUUGUCACGUUAAACCCACGUCACCUACAAUCGCUCAUAAGGAACUAAACUUUAAUGCGUACGGGGUUUUCGACUUAAGUCUCACUUUGGUGUCUUUUUUAAGGCGGGUGUGAUUUUCAUAGUAACCUGCAGUUUAUUGAAUGUUUAAUAUUCUGAUCUGAAUUUUAUUAAACAUGUACAUAACUGCUUUAUAAAGAAUAUGCUUUUUACAAUAUGAAGCACCGCUUAAAAUAUUCAGAGUGGGAAAAAAAUGAGCUUUUAUUUUUGAAUUAUCAAAUAAGUUUUGCUUUCUUCACCAUUUUAUGAGUGAGUUUUUACUUUGAGCUGAAUAUUUUCAGCUCAGUAAAAAUGCGCCUCCGUCCUCCCUCGCAGUGACUGCUGCGACCGCAGCUUUAUUAAAACAUGAUGCUACAGUUUAUCAUCACUUUACCCGGCACGAGCGCUGCUAUUUUUAGCACUGUGGAGCGUUUGAACGUCCUUCAGCUCUUUGCUGGCUUUAGUGUUUUGUUCACUCUCAAUGCUUCAUCUGCGUCAUUUCCUGCAGCUGUUUUCAGUGGAAACGUCUCUGAUAAAGUCACCAGUGCAGCCACACGUGUUGUGAUUGAUUGAAGAGACGAGCCCCUAAGGCUAAAAGAUUUUUUUUGUUUUUUGUUCCCUCUGCUGACCCCUUAAAACACCGACCGUGUUUACGUGCAUGAAAUAUUCUGGGUUUUGCCGUUAAUUAAAAAAAGGCUAAAUUUCGACUAAACUUUACGUGGCUAGUGAAAAUAAAUAUUCAACUAACAUUUCUGUUUCCAUGCAGCCGUGCAUACUCCGAUUUAAGUCCUCUAACUUAUUGCUCAUAAUUUCAAAGUGACGCCCUCAGAGCCGUGAAACAUCUUUUUGUUCCUUUGCAUGAUUUUUUUUUUAUUUUUAAAAAUUUCUCCCGGUGGGUGAUUUGUUCAGCCAUGCAAACACAGCCGCUCUUUCAUUCCUUUGACCACGUUUUGAAAAGGUUGGUGUUGAUAUCCACGUCCUUCAUAAUGUUUUAAUAUAGGCUUGUUUUUUUUCUUUGUUUUUUUUUCAAAAAAGUAAAUGCUGUCUUUUCUUUGGGACAUGCAUCUCUACACUCAAGCCUUGCAAACUUAAUAAUAAUUAUUAUUUAUAUAGCAACAAAGUGCUUUGAGAAACAAGGCAAAGCAGAAGUAAGAGGGCCAGACAAAAGACAGAAACAAUUAAAAAAACAAAAAUAACAACCCAUACAAUACGAAUAAACACAAUUCAAAGAAUAAAAGCAGUUAACACAUAAAUAAUAGAUCUAAUAAUAAAAUUCAACACGAUCAAGACAGAACAGAAGAAUAAAUAAAAAGAUAAACUGAAACAGAUGAAUUCAAAUAGACGACAUCACAUAAAACCAAUUCUAUAAAAGUGAUUUAAAAAAAGUCUACCUGUGUCCCAAUUCAGGGUCUGCAUCCUUCGGAGGCUGCAUUCGAAGGCCGAUUACGUCACAGCGCUGCGCGAAGGCUGUCCCAUCUGGUCACAAUUCGAAGGCUCCUCCUUUCGCAGCCCACAAAUGCGUCCUCCUUCUCCCUCUGUUUGGAGGACACAUCGCUACUAUCCUU